AUGGGCUUUGAGCAGCAGUGCUGGAGCACCUUGAGGAUGUGGUUGCUGCUCCUCUUUGGAUUUUUGCUGUGCUUAGCCCCUGGUGCUGAUGGCCUGGGGGACCAGGAUCUCUUGGAGAAUGUGACCUGCCAUAGGCAUGGGAUGGAAGUUGAGUUUUCCAAAGAGCUUAGCAACUACUCCUGGCAUGUGUAUGUUGUUGAUGUGAGUGGUGAGGAGAUCAUGUCCUGUGACCACACUGUGGAUUAUGAGAGGCUGAUACUCAGUGUCCUGUUUGUCAACUGCACCAGCCUGCAGCAUGGUCAGCACCAGCUCUGGUUGAAGCUGAUGGUGAAUGAUACCAUGGGAGAGGAGACAAAUAUCACCUACAGCACUCGCUGUGACAGCAUUCCAGUAGAUGAAGUCACUGCUCCUGUGUUUGCUGGUGCAACAAACUGCACCAAAGACUUCAUGGCAGUUACCUUCCCAGGACUCAUUUCAAGUCUCGGUGAUGAGCAUAAGGUCCCAGCAACUCCAAUGUCCUGGAAUCUGUCAGUUGAUGAUGGGACCAGAAUACAUCAGCUAAGCCUUGGGCAAGCAGCACAGCAAGGCUAUAACUUCCUAGUUGAUGGCCACAACCUGAUCUUUCAGGUGGCCUUUGCUGCCACUGGAGUUGUGUCCUACAAGCACAAUGAUAAGGUGCUCUACACUGUGGCACUCAAGCUCAUGUAUGGCCCUCCUGAGCAUGGACUGACUGUGGAGUCAAGAAUGCUUUGUGCUCCAGGUCCAGCAAUCUGUAAUGCAACACACAUGACUGUUGCCAUCCCAGCCUUUCCAGGGAUCCUUAUGGAUGUGGAUGUAGACAAUAAGACCAUCCCCAUGGAUCAGCUUCAGGAAAAUGGAAUCACUCUGGACACACAGAGAGGGAUCAGGCUGUACAUUAGCAGGGGAGUCCUGAAGUCCAGGCUACGUGGGGAGAGCUGCUCAGGACUUCAGUACUACAUGUCCUCUUUGAAACUGGCUUUUCACUUCCAUGGGGAGACUGUGGCAAUGGUGAUGCACCCUGAGUGCCCCUGUGAGAAGCACACACCAAUAGCUGCUGUAUGCACCCAGGAUGGCUACAUGGAUUUUGAAAUCCUUGCUGAGAGUACCACGCCACUGCUGGAUUUGGAUGCACUCAGGCUCAGGGAUCCUGUGUGCAGGCCAGCCUACAAGUCACCUUUGAACGACAGGGUUCGGUUUCAUGUCCCCCUGAAUGGGUGUGGGACCAGGCACUGGUUUGAUGGGGAGCAGAUUCACUAUGAGAAUGAGGUGAGGGCAUUAUGGACAGACCUUCCCCUGGGCAGGAUCUCAAGGGACAGUGAACUCAGGUUAACAGUCAGGUGCUCCUUCAGCAAUGGUGAUGCCUCCCUCACUGUAAAAGUAGACAACCUUUCCCCUCCACCUUCUGCAGUGAAUCAAGGUUCCCUCUCCUUAGUUCUUCUAAGCUACCCAGAGGACUCAUACAGGCAGCCCUACCGUGAGGAUCAGUAUCCCAUAGUGAGGUACCUGCGCCAGCCCAUCUUCCUGGAAGUUCAGGUCCUGAACCGCAAUGACCCCAACCUCCACCUGGUGCUGGAUGACUGCUGGGCAACGGCCUCCCAAGAGCCAAGAUCGCUGCCCCAGUGGAAUAUUGUUGUAGAUGGCUGUGAGUACGACCUAGACAGCUACAGAACUGUGUUCCACCCUGUGGGACGUGGUGUCAGCUAUGCUAACUAUCGCCAAAGGCUGGAAGUGAAGACUUUUGCUUUUGUUUCUGGUGACAAAGCCCUUCCUGGCCUGGUGUACUUCCACUGCAGUGUUCUGAUCUGCCACCGUUUUCACCCAGACUCCCCACUGUGCAUCCCAAGAUGCCCAAGGCCAUCUAGAAGCAAGCGAGAAAGUGGGAUGGCAGCUGUGAACUCUGCUGUGGUCAGCCUGAGGGGCCCUGUCCUCCUUGUGCCAGAAGAGUGGUCUGCAGCCCAAGGGAGCACUCUCCUGAGCAAGGAGGUGUGGGCUGGCAUUGCAAUGAUUGCUGUCAGUGCUCUCUCUCUGGCCACAAUGCUGCUAUUUUUGGCUGUUCUUAAAUGCCUGAAGAGAAGAGCAUACAUGGUAAAUGUGGUACAUUAGUGUGCAUUUCCAAAUAAACUUGGAGUAGUCACCUGCUGAAUUAUGUUUUGUCAUGUAUUCCCUCUCUUGCAUCUAGUUAUGCAAAUCAACACUGCUCAUCUUCUGAAUGCCUCCUUAUUGUAGAGUUGUCUUUAAAAAUUACUAGAGUACUUAAUUUCCUGAGCAUCUUUGUUCUGAAACAGACCACUGCUAUGUUAAAUUCCUGUUGGACUUUGCAGCCAAUUUCCUUUCUUGAAUUGCUUGUCA